AUUGAGAGAAGGCUACUUAGCUUCAAGUUUGCAGACCCUAGUGUUCAAAUGAACUGGAUACAUGUAGAGAAUUUUGUACAAGCUCAUAUUCUAGCUGCUGAUGCUCUCACCCCUGAAAAGAACUUCAGAGCUAGUGGCCAGGUGUAUUUCAUUCACGAUGGUGAAAAAUCCAACCUUUUUGAAUGGCUAACUCCACUUUUUGAAAGAUUAGGCUGCAGUAAGCCAUGGAUACGCAUUCCUACUUGCUUAGUCUAUGCAUCAGCCACACUCAUGGAACACCUUCAUUCACUUCUGAGACCAAUUGUUGACCUGCCCCCACUGCUGACCAGAAAUGAGGUUAUGAACAUUUCUGUAACUCACACAUUUAAAAUAGACAAGGCACGAGCUCAGCUGGGGUACCGCCCACUGAAGUAUGACUUUGCUGAUUCUGUGGACCACUACAUGGAAUCCAGACCACAGCCCUCGAAUUAUCAAGUCUUCUUCAAUAUUUUGCUUACUUUUACUAUUACCUUAAUUUUGUUUUUUCUUUCUUUAAAACUUGAUAGCCUCUCAGUUCUGCAUUUUUUUAAAGAAAGACGACACUGACCUGCAUAAACUGCACAGUCACAGCAUUGCUACCCAGAUCAUUCUAACCUCCACAAUAAUUACUGGCACAGUGCAACAAACAGGUAGCUACUUUUAAAUAUAGAAACAAAAUCAUUACAGAUGAGUGGCUGGACCUGAGAAAUUAAAAUACAGUAAACAAUAAUUGCCAAAUCACCAAAACACAACCAGAGUCAAGAUUGUUGCCUCUAUUUCAAACCAAAACAACUUUCAAAUUGAUUGCUGAAGUAAAUGAGAACCUGCAGAAAGAACAGGAGCUGCAGACAGCCUGCAGUACUUCACCAGUGAAUAAAAAUGGCUGAAAUAAGGAGAAAGACUGACCACAGCUUCUGUCCUGGCUCACUACCUUGGGGAACAGAGGAACAAGCAAAGGCACAGACAGAACAGAUUACUGCAAAUAACACACACCAGGUCUAAGAGACUUCACAUUGUCUGAUUUCAUGAAUUAGCUCUAGCACCACAUCUAAGGGAAAAUAAAAGUGUACUGGA